AUGGGCAGUAGCACGUCGUGUGAAGAUGAUAGUGCUGAGUGCAACCAUGACUGCUUUGUCAGCUACGUCCUUCGCCUUGGUGCUGAUCUUGGGAGCGUUUUUUCGGGAGUCAAGCGCCGACGAAGGCUUCUUCAGGAAUCGCGGUCUGUGGACUCUUUCAAGGCGUCGGGCACCCCAGGCAGCUCCGGCACUGUCACCGUCGCCGGUGAACUCGAACUUCCAGCACUGGCGGCACUACCUCAACACGACUGUCACAUUGAAGUGCAAGUGACGGAGCGGGUGCGCGGUCACUGCUCCGCACUUACAUUGCUGGGCAAGAGCUUCCCGGUGUGCAAGAACGGAGACAGGAUCUCGGUCAACAACCACGAGUGCGCCCACAUGGCUGCCUGACCACGCCACUGACAUCUGCUGGGUUUCGCGUUUGUUUCCGCUUGGUUGUGACUGCCACGCAGAGAAUAAAAUAAAAUAAUUGUUUCACCAAAGCA